GCAUGCCGUUUUCUGUAGUAGAAUUGGAAGACGGAGUUGUAUUAGUUCCGACGAAAUGGAUAAUCAGUCUCGAGAAUGACGAACGGAAAUGUUACUACCCGCCUUCUGAAAGAGCUUCCAAAAUAAAUGAGAUGAUAUCAAAAUCAGUUGAGCCAGAAUUAAAUUGGAAACAGUACGAUGUUCUCCAAUAUUUAAAAAGAACUGACACAUACGAAAAAGGCAAAAACCUCAAAUAAUCGAUGAACAAAUUUAAAAGCCUCGUAUUCUACUUCCACCUAUGAAACGAAUUCGAGCUGGGCCAACUGAGACUGAAUUUGCAACACCGAGUUUACCAAAAAAUUCGAAACAAAAAGAUUUUAGUGACACAAGAUCUCCGGGAUCCACAAAUGACCUUCUCCUAAACGAAAUUCGAAUUGCCAAAUCAGCCAUUGAGAAUCCAAUUUCUGAAGAUUCAACACUGAGAUCACCGAAAAACUCAAUACAAAGCGAUUUUAGAAGCAAAACAUUCACAAGCAACCUUCUUCCGAAAAAAAUCCCUACUGAUGCUUCUACCAUUAAAGAUUCAAAUUCUGAUGAAUCAUCAACAGAUACAGACGAAUUCGCAAAACCAGGAUUAUUGGAAAAUUCGAAGCAUAAGGGAUUUAAAACCAAAGAUGUUUUUGCUCCAAGCACAUCAACUGAAAAAAUGCGAAGCUUAAAUAAUUUCAACACAGCAUCGGCUUUACCUGAUAAUGAUAACAAUCCAAAUGCAUCCAAAAGUAAAUUUUCAUCAAACUUAGAGAAUGCUUUGGCCAGUCUUGAAUACCAAGAUUCAAAAACAGGUCUUUCAAGUGACGAAUUAAUAUUAUCAAAAUUGAAUGAAAUAAUCUUACUUCUUAGAAACAUGAAAAUUCAGUCUCAAAGUAGUUGCGGAACUUCAAAUAAUAGAUCUUUCUUUGAUUCCACAAAAUGCCCGAAGUUGCCAAUUAAUUCCAGAAAGGACCUAAUAGCAACAAAUGACAAACUAAAUGAUAAGAAUUUUAAAACUAAAAUGAUAAACGCAUUAGGAUCUAUUGGAGGAAGAGAUGUCAAUAAUGUUGUGGCGAACGUGUGCAGCAAGCUGUUUACAAAUAAACUCGCUCUCCUAUACAGUUGGUCAGGAAGAAAGUCCAAACUGCCGUUGAUUAAUACCAACUUUGCAAAUUUAAUUAUUGAAAGCGUGAAAGUAUCCUGCCCAAAGGAAGAUGAUUAUGCAAUUCAAAUUAUCGUUUCUAAAUGGUUCGCUCAAGCCAAAACAAGAUUGAAGAGAGAGUUAGCAAAAGAAGGAGAUGAAGAAGACGAUAAUGGAGAAGAGGAAGAAUCAUUAAGAGACUCUGAUGCUGACGAUGAAGAAAAUUAAUAAUUGCAAUACUAACACGUUUCUAAUUUUUUUCUAUC